ACCAUCUCUCCCCCCCCCUCCCUCUUCUCUCUCUUACUUUAUUCUACUUUUUCAAGAACAAAAAAGACACAAAAAGAAAAAGCAGGAAGGCAUUCGUCAUUUGUUGUGGGGGGGUUUGUAAAGCACUCCACUCCAUGUUUUUGAAACGCUGCAGCUGCAAUUCCUUCACUAGCUAGAUCUACUUGUUUGGCUUUGUACAUUCCUUCCACUUGGAUCCACAGAGAGGAGAGGAAGCUUGGAGUUUUGCUAAGGAAGUUGCAUUUGUUUCUGGAUCCAAGCUCCAUCAUUUGAAUCCAAGGAUACAUGUUUCGCUUUAUCUUCUUCUUCGCUUUUAGCAUAAGCAGGCUUGUUUAGCUUAAAAAUGGAGGAACCACUAGGUGACGAGGGGGCUAGAAAGGCCCCGACUUCAGAGAGACAGAAGCAGCAGUCCUCUGUUAGCUCAGUGGAAACUUCCAUGAAGGUUUCCAAAACCACGAAACCUACCAUUUCAGCCACCUCAAAUCUCUCGGCACCAAAGAGGAGUAAACCGAAGAACACUUCGGAUUCAAUUUCAAAUGUGACCACCACAACUGCAUCCUCCCGCAAAACCAGUUCAGUUCCAGUCACAAGAAGAAACAGCACUGGAGGGGCUCCUGAGAAGCUAUCCGUCUCUGCAACGAAACUCCAAAAUACUACUACAGGUUCUGGCGGAAAGACGAAUGCUGUUUCAGAUCCAGUGAAACAGUCCCUUCCACAGCUUAGAAGGAGUUCCUUGCCUUCCGCAAAACCCACGAUUCGAACUAGUAGUGUUUCCGAGGCUAGGAAGUCAGUUCCCAUGGAUAAGAGCUUGAGAACAUCAAUUGGGUCGGGUGUACGUAAGCCAGAGACAGUCAAGAAAUCUUCAGUUAAGCCAGCAUUGUCGGUCUCUUCUUCUUCUUCUUCGAGAAGACUUACUUCUUCAUCACUGGACAGUACUGGCAGUAGCAUGAGCAGGAAGACAAUUUCUAAGCUUUCUUCACCAUCUGCUCGCUCCCCUUCCAGUUCCAGUGGUUUGAGAGCCGGUUCCCUGUCAAUUUCUCUGGACAGGAGUUCUAAUUUGUCUGGUCGGAGAAGAGCAGGUACUCCUGAAAGCCGGGAUUCUCGCUUCAUUAUUCUUCCACAGGUGGAGAUUAAUAAAGCUGGAGAUGAUGUGAGAUUGGAUCUUAGGGGACACAAAGUUCGUAGUCUUAAUGCGAGUGGGUUGAACUUAACACAAAAUCUAGAGUUUGUUUAUCUCAGAGACAAUCUCCUUCAUACAUUGGAAGGAAUUGAGAUACUGAAGCGUGUGAAGGUCCUUGAUUUGAGUUUCAAUGAGUUCAAGGGGCCUGAGUUUGAACCUCUUGAGAAUUGCCAGGCCCUUCAGCAACUCUAUCUUGCUGGGAAUCAAAUCACGUCACUUGUAAGCCUUCCUCAGCUUCCUAACCUGGAGUUUCUUUCGGUUGCUCAAAAUAAGUUAAGGUCUCUGUCAAUGGCUGGCCAACCUCGACUACAGGUAUUAGCUGCCAGCAAAAACAAAAUAACAACUCUGAAGAGCUUCCCACAUCUACCAGUCCUUGAGCAUUUGCGAGUGGAGGAGAAUCCUAUACUUAAGAUGCCCCAUUUAGAAGCAGCCUCAAUUUUGCUUGUUGGUCCUACCUUGAAAAAGUUUAAUGAUAGAGAUCUUUCCCGAGAAGAGGUUGCAAUUGCAAAACGUUACCCAGCAUGCACAGCGUUGUGCAUUAGAUAUGGUUGGGAGCUUUGUCGCCCUGAGAAAGCAGCAGAUUCAACUUUUUGCUUUCUAUAUGAGCAAUGGAAAGAGCAUUUCCCUCCAGGCUAUCUGCUCAAAGAUGCGUUGGUAGAUCAACCUUUUGAAGAAGACGCUUGCCACUGCCACUUUGUUUUUGUUCAAGACAACAAUCUAAGUGCCGAUCCACAGUUAGUCUUAAAGUAUCAAUGGUUUGUGGAAGAAAGAGCACUUUCAAGCUUUUCUGCUAUCCCUGAUGCCACUGGAGAGGUAUACUGGCCAAAGCAUGAAGACAUCGGUAAAUUUCUGAAAGUGGAAUGUACUCCCAUAAUGGGAGAAAUAAAGUAUCCUCCUGUUUUUGCCAUAUCUUCACAAGUUUCACCUGGAAAUGGAAUUCCAAAGGUUGUGAACCUUGAAGUGCAAGGAGAGUUGGUGGAAGGAAAUGUUGUCAAAGGCUAUGCUGAGAUUGCAUGGUGUGGGGGGACUCCGGGGAAAGGUGUUGCAAGUUGGCUGAGGAGAAGAUGGAAUAGCAGCCCGACGGUUAUUGCUGGAGCAGAAGAUGAGGGGUAUCGUUUAACUCUAGAUGACAUUGAUUCAAGUGUGGUUUUUAUGUACACACCAGUCACAGAAGAAGGAGCCAAAGGGGAACCUCACUAUAAAUAUACUGAUUUUGUUAAAGCAGCUCCUCCAUCAGUCAGUAAUGUUCGAAUUAUUGGAGAUGUUGUUGAAGGAAAUAUCGUGAAAGGAGUUGGGAAUUACUUUGGGGGGAAAGAAGGUCCUAGCAAGUUUGAAUGGUUACGUGAGAAUAAGAACACUGGAGAUUUUGUAUCCAUAUCAACUGGUACAUCUGAGUAUGCUUUGACCAAUGAGGAUGUUGGGGGACGCUUAGCUUUUGUGUAUUCACCCAUUAAUUUUGAAGGACAGGAAGGGGAAUCUGUUACAAUAUUGUCUCUCCCAGUGAAGCGAGCUCCUCCAAAAGUAAAGAAUGUGAAGAUAAUUGGUCAUUUACGAGAAAACAGUAAGGUCACUGUAACUGGAACUGUUACUGGAGGAACUGAAAGUUCUAGCAGAGUUCAGUGGUUUAAAACUAGUUCUUCGACGUUGGAUGGUGAGAAUAGUCUAGAUGCAUUGAGCACUGCAAAAAUUGCAAAGGCAUUCCGCAUACCCUUAGGAGCAGUUGGCUAUUACAUUGUUGCGAAAUAUACUCCUAUGACUCCAGAUGGUGAAUCUGGAGAACCAGCAUAUGCUAUAUCAGAAAAAGCAGUUGAGACUCUUCCUCCAAGCCUAAAUUUCUUAUCAAUUUCGGGCGACUACAUUGAAGGUGGACUAUUGACGGCAUCAUAUGGCUAUGUAGGUGGUCAUGAAGGAAAAAGUGAAUAUAAUUGGUAUCUUCAUGAGUUUGAAAGUGAUACCGGAUCCUUGAUACUCGAGGGUUCUGGAGUUCUUCAAUGUCGUGUUACUAGAGAUGCAAUUGGUAAAUUUAUAUCUUUUCAGUGCGUUCCAGUUCGUGAUGAUGGAAUAGUAGGCGAGCCAAGAACUUGCAUGGGGGUAGAACGUGUUCGACCAGGAAGUCCAAGACUGCUUUCUCUACAAAUAGUUGGAACUGCUAUUGAAGGAACUAUGCUAACUGUUGACAAAAAAUAUUGGGGAGGGCAAGAGGGGAAUUCGGUUUUCCGUUGGUUUCGGACUAGUUCAGAUGGCACUCAAAUUGAAAUUCGAGGUGCCACUACUGCAUCAUACGUGCUUUUAGUUGAUGACAUUAGCUGCUUUGUCUCGGUUUCUUGUGAGCCUGUGAGAAGUGACUGGGCCCGUGGUCCUAUAGUACUUUCUGAACAGAUGGGACCUAUUAUACCUGGUCCUCCAAAUUGCCAAUCAUUGGAGUUUCUAGGAUCAAUGUUGGAAGGACAACGUUUGAGCUUUGUUGCAUCUUACAGUGGAGGAGAGAGGGGGAACUGCUUCCACGAAUGGUUUAGAGUGAAAAGUGGUGAUAUCAAGGAGAAAUUAAGUGAAGAUGAGUUUCUUGAUUUGACUUUAAAGGAUGUCGGUAAACACAUUGAACUUGUUUACACUCCAAUUCGCAAAGAUGGUGCAAAAGGAAGCUCUCAGACCAUAUUAUCUAAUGUGAUUGCACCUGCUGAUCCAGUGGGAUUGGAACUUGUGAUUCCUUCUUGCUACGAGGACAAGGAAGUUACCCCGCAAAAAACAUACUUUGGUGGACAGGAAGGUGCUGGAGAGUAUAUUUGGUUCCGAACAAGGAACAAGCUAAAUAAAUCUGAAUUGUUGGAUAUAGCAAAUGCUGGUGAUCAUGUUCUUAUAUGUGGUAAAACCCUGGCAUAUACUCCAUCAAUUGAAGAUGUGGGAGCUUAUUUGGCUCUGUACUGGCUGCCUACUCGUGCAGAUGGCAAGUGUGGAAAGCCUUUGGUCUCAAUUUCCAACUCUCCAGUUAACCCUGCUCUUCCGGUAGUUUCUAAUGUUCAUGUGAAGAAGCUGCCUUCGGGUGUUUAUGCUGGAGAAGGAAAGUAUUUCGGUGGGCAUGAGGGAUUGAGCCUCUUCAGCUGGUAUAGAGAGACAAACGAUGGAGCUAUCAUUCUUAUUGAGGGAGCAACCUAUAGAACUUAUGAGGUCACAGAUUCAGAUUACAAUUGCCGUUUAUUGUUUGGAUACACACCUGUUCGUUCAGAUUCAGUUGUCGGUGAGCUUAAGUUGUCUGAGCCAACUGGCCUUGUUCUCCCAGAACUUCCAAAAGUGGAGAUGGUUUCUCUCACUGGCAAGGCAAUCGAAGGUGAUGUACUUACUGCUGUUGAAGUGAUCCCAAAGAGUGAAACCCAGCAAUGUGUUUGGAGCAAGUACAAGAAAGAAGUCAGAUAUCAAUGGUUCUGCUCAUCAGUGUCAGGGGAUAGCAACUCUUUUGAGCACUUGCCUGCACAACGCUCCUGCUCUUACAAGUUGCGGCUAGAGGACAUUGGUAGAUGCUUCAAAUGUGAAUGUGUUGUGACUGAUGUCUUUGGAAGGUCAAGUGAGCCAGCAUAUGCUGAGAUUGGUCCUGUAUUGCCAGGGAUACCUAGAAUAGCUAAGUUGGAGAUUGAGGGAAGAGGUUUUCACACCAAUUUAUAUGCUGUUCGAGGCGUUUACAGUGGAGGAAAAGAAGGAAAAAGUAGAAUUCAAUGGCUUAGAUCGAUGGUUGGUAGUCCUGAUUUGAUUUCCAUUCCAGGGGAGGUGGGAAGGAUGUACGAAGCUAAUGUGGAUGAUGUGGGGUACAGGUUGGUGGCAAUUUAUACUCCUGUGAGAGAAGAUGGUGUUGAGGGGCAACCUGUGUCUGCCUCAACAGAGGCAACUGCAGUUGAGCCUGAUGUUUUAAAAGAAGUUAAGCAGAAGCUUGAACUUGGAUCUGUGAAAUUUGAGGUAUUAUUUAACAAAGACUGUUCUCCAAAAAAGAUUCUAGGAGAGGGUAGUCUUGAGAGAAGAAUACUAGAAGUUAAUAGAAAACGAGUGAAAGUUGUGAAGCCAGGUUCUAAGACUUCAUUUCCAACAACUGAAAUUCGUGGAAGUUAUGCUCCUCCCUUUCAUGUGGAUCUUUUCCGAAAUGAUCAACAUCGGCUUAGGAUUGUUGUGGAUAGUGAGAAUGAAGUAGACCUGAUGGUCCCCUCCCGACAUUUACGGGAUGUCAUCGUGCUUGUGAUCCGAGGCUUUGCUCAACGAUUCAAUAGCACAUCCCUCAAUUCUCUGCUCAAAAUAGAGACAUAACUAAUAUGUAGAGUGACUGGGGUAUUUAUGCAGGCCUCCACUCUUAUUCCUCCACGCUCAUUUCUUCUUCCUAUUUGUGGUGCUUUGGUUUCUUGGAGCCUCUUUGUGUGUAACUUGUGGUUUGCAGUAAUGGAAGGAUGAGGUGUUGAGAGAUUUCAUGCUUUAAUCACAGUGUCAACUAUGAAACCAAGCUAUUUGAGAAUACGAUGUAUGCUCUCUCUCUCUUUUUUUAA